CGCAGAUCGCAUUGGCGUCAUAUCAGGCGAAGAGGAUGGAAGCGCUCCGGUGUGCGACCUUGAGCGGGAUCCAGACGCUCGUCCAUGUCUUCCGCCGCCACUACAAGUUCAUCAAGGUCAAGUCGGGCCAAGUGACCGCGCUCGCGAGCCUCCGGGCGCAGGUGCAGCAGUGGACCGACCCGCACGACUUUGAGCCUCAAACCGUACUUCGCCCGUUCCUCGACAUCAUCCGCAACGAGAACACGACGGGGCCGCUCACGCGCUCGGCCAUGGAAGCGGUCUGCUCGAUACUGCAUGUGUACGAUGAGAAUGCGACCUUGCAUGGUAUCCCGAUGCAGCAUGCGCUCGCCGACGUCCUCGACGCGGUCACGCAGUGCCGCUUCCAAGAGACGGAGCCCAACAGCGACCAGUAUGUGCUCCUGACCGUCGUGCGCGUGCUCGACAUGGUCUUGCAGUGCCGGGCCGCGGCCACGCUCACGGACGACACGAUCUGGCACGUCGUCGAAGCGCUGUACGCCAUUGCGCGCUCCAAAGAUACACGCAUCUCGGGCGUCAUUCGUGGCGUUGCGACCGACAGCCUCCAGCGCAUGAUGCACGUCAUCUUUGACCCAACGAUGUUGCCGCACGCACCGUCCCGGUCCUUUGGCCUGCCGUGCGCGGUCAAGGUGCUCGGCUUUCUCUGCCAAAAGAUUCAGCCCACGUCCAAGAGCUCAGAGCGCGAGCUGCUUCUGUCGCUGCAGCUGCUCCAAACCAUCCUUCUCAAGCUCGGUAACCACUUGCGAGACGUCCCAGCAUUGCUUUCGUACGCCCAAGACGAGCUCUGUGGUGCGAUCCUCAACUGGCUUCGUCUCGGGUCGUCGCCGUCGUCGGGCAGCAUUGACGUGCCUCUGGCGUGUCUCACCGUUCUGCGACUCGUGUGGUGCUACCUCCGCCCCGUCCUCAAGCUCCAGUGGGAAGUGAUGCUCAUGGGCCUGAUUCCCGGGAUUGUCGACCGCCGCUUGGCCCUCGAGUGGCGCCUCGAGCUGCUGCAGUGCCUCGCGGACUUUCUCGCUGACGCGUCGUUCGUCAUCGACGUGUUCGUCCAAUACGAUUGCGACAGUGACCGAUCCAACGUUCUCGAACUGCUCCUUUCGACGCUCACGUCGCUUGUCAAGCCGUCACUGCCCAUCGCGGACGCCAACGACUUUGUCGAUAUGGUCGACGAGCCUGAAAUGGCCGACGUGGCGCUCCAGGGCUUUUGGAACCUCCUGCAUGUGUUGCACCGGCGCACGCGCACUGAAUUCGACCUCAUUGUCGGACCGCCCGUGGAAGCAUCGGAGAACGUUCUCGCGCGGCGCGAACGCAAGAAGCGGUUCCAGGAAGCCAUUGCUGCGUUCAAUACCAAGCCGCUCGCAGGCGUUGGCAUGCUCGAAGCCCACGGGUUUCUGCCGUCGCCGACCGACGCACCGUCUCUCGCACGCUUGCUACGGUCGCUGCCACCGGGCCUCGACAAGAACUGCGUCGGCCAGUAUCUCGGGACGAUGGGCAAGGCGGGCGGCGCGGCGACCGACACGAUCGAGUUCCACCAAGAGCUGCUGCCAGCGUACGUGGCCGCCUUUGACUUUGUCGACGUGCACCUUGUCGACGCGCUGCGCAUGUUUCUCUCGUCGUUUCGACUGCCGGGCGAAGCGCAGCAGAUCGACCGCAUUCUCGAGUGCUUCUCCAAGCAAGCGUUUGCCCAGUGCAAGGAGCGGACCCUCUUUGGCACCUCGGUCGAUGUCCCGUACCUCCUCUCGUUCUCGAUCAUCAUGCUCCAAACGGACCUCCACAACACCAACAUCCGCGACGACCGGAAAAUGUCGCUGGCCGAUUUCCUCAAAAACAAUCUCAAUUAUGGCCUUGACGGCGCGAGUCCGCUGCCGGAAGAGUACUUGACGUCGAUCUACCAUGCGAUCCGGACGCGCCCCCUGCGCACGUGCGACGACGCCGAGGAGGUCACGACAGAGCGCUGGGCCGACCUCCAGCGCAGCGACGGCGACCGGAAGCUUCAGUCGUACGUGCACACGCCCGAGUACGACGCCCACGUCUUGGACUUUGUGGCCCAUGAGUUUGUACUCCCGCUGAUCGCGACGCUGGACGGCGCGUCGAUUCCCGAUGCGCUCACCCAUCUCGUGGCGAUGGCCGAGACGGCCGCCUCGCUGCACGCGCCGUCCGUGCUCAUGGCGGUCGUCCAGCGCCUCGGCGAGUACUCGACGCUGUGCGACCACCCGGACGACGAAGCGCUCGAAGCGGUCGUGUACACGUUUUGCAAUGACCCGCUGGCGUCAAGCGCGACGCUCGGGCUGCUGCAGCUGUGGCAAUCGUGCCACGCGUCCUUUGAUGCGUCGGCGUGGACGUGGUUCCUCUCGGCGCUGGCUCGGUUGCGCGAGUAUCAUCUCUUGCCACCCGCCUUUCUGCAGGACCGGCGGUCGGGGCUCUCGAUCGACGCGCGGGCCGCGUACCUCGAGACGACACGGACCGCGGCCAAGCGCAAGGCCGCCAAGCACGCCGGCCGCGUCUCGCGCUUCUUUGCGCUCGAGCCGCUCUCGGCGCCGUCGUCGCCGGCCCACGUGGCGUCGUCGCUCUUGCUCGUCUCGGCGCGCCAAGUGGACAUUGACGACCUUUUCUUCCCGCCCACGACCGACGAGACGGACGUCCUCCCGAUGGUGACGCAGCCGUGGAUCGACGAGUACUACCGCCAGUGCCCGAUUGCCAUCGACUUUUAUGACCGCAUGGCGUCACUACCGAGCUUGGAGGCGUUUUUGGACGCGGCGUGCACGGCAAUUGAGCGCGUCGUGCUGCCGCCGGCCAAGGCCAAGGCGUCGCCGGCGGUGCUAAGCCCGGGCGGCGCUAUCUUUCUCGAACAACUCGUCAUGCGCGUCAUCGUGUCGAGUCACCCGCGCGUCGUCACUCACGUUCACGCGGUCGUCCACGCGCUGGAUCCGUUCAUCCGCGGCAACCUCGUGGUCCAGAGCAUGGGGUACGAAGCCGCGGUCUUCCUUCUUGAAACGCUGCUCUCGGGCGUGGUCGCGUCGGACCUCGCGUUUGGCCUCGGUGUGCUCGAAGCGCUCGAUAUGGAUCUGCUCAGCGUCGUCGCGCGGCCCGUACUCGGCAGCGUCCUGACCCUGCCGCUGGCGACGCCCGAUAUCUGGCAGUCGUGGCUGCGCGUCUUGUUGCGUUGCAGCAACGUCUCGGAUUUGGACGACUACGCCACGCUGUGCGUGACAGCGCUCGAUGCCAGUGUGGCUGCGGACGUUGCAAGCACCCACCCGACCUUGAUGCCACUGCUCACGCUCGUCGCCCACGCGGCCAGUCUCCACGUUGACGCGCCAGCGGUGCUCGAGUCGCUCUUGGUAGUGGAAGCGAGCUUGUAUAGCCUCGCGCGCCGCCACGGCCUGCCCGACGCCGACGUGCUCUCGGUUCUCGGCGCCAUGUGCGCGCUCUUGACGCACCCGUCGACGCUGUCGUCCGAGCCAUUGCGGCUGCAGACGCUCGCGGCCUUGCGCAAGGCGAUGCUCGAGGUACCGGACGCGACACUCUCGCCGUCGUCCUGGCUCGCACUGCUGCGGUUUGGUGUGAUGCCGCUCACGGGCGUCGAGCUGCCCAACCGGUUGAGCGGCGAGAUGGACGAGGCCAGCCAUGUGCUUAUGCUCGUGCUUCUCUUUCUGCACCACCUGGACGAGUGGGUCGCCGACGCAACCAUCGACUUUGCGACGGCAUGGCAAGAGGUCUUGGCCGUCUGCGCCGUCCAGCUGGAAAAGAACGCGAACGAGGCGAACGAAGCGCUCAUCGAGCAGCUGCGCAACAUGGUGCACGUCGUGUACGCCGUGUGUUGCGACGAGGCGUGGUUUCUGCCGUCGGUGGCCGACAUUGCCGCGCUCUGCCCGCAAGUUGUCGUCUGGGACACAGUGUCGAUGGAAGAAGAAAAGGACAAGGUUCCGAUGCCCCUCGUCGAGGAAACAGCAGCCUAG